GAAGAAAGCCUUAAACGUUUGCUAUCUCUUGCGUAGAAUCUUGCAAUAAUUGAAGUCAAAAAUAAUAAAACACUGUCAUGAAUCAUUUCAAGUGGAUAUUUGUAUAGCUUGUCACUCCUGUGAGGUUAGAGAACCGAUCAAAGAGAUUUACUUCCUAUGUUUUCUGCUUUGUACACCUUGGUCUGUUCAUUUAUCAGUUUGUAUGGAAGUUGUGGAUUACUUUGGCAUGUAAGUGUUUCCUUUAUAUGGAAGAUUAGGAAUGUUCUUGUUCUAGAGACACAGAGUACAAGACCUCUCCACUUUAAAUUACACACAAAUAAUCCAAGUGGACAUCCAAUCUAGACCGGCAUUGUGUAGUGAUCUGUGCUUCUGUAACAGUGCCACUGAAGUUAAAUCAGUUUUCUGAGCCCAAAUGCAGUUUAUUUCAUGAUUGUACAAAAAGCAUACAAACAAAGCAAUAACUUGAAAAUAAACAUAAUCUUGACUAGGUAAAGCAUGGCAUUAACAUGAACCUCACAACAGUGGACUACAGCAUCAAAAGAUGACAAAGCUAGACCAAGACACAUGGCAAUAUGAGAGCUAUAAAUACGCAGAUUACUGAUGACGAGCAAAUGAGCAACACCUGAAUGCAAUAAAAAAAUACCAAUGAGAAAUACCUAACACAAAUGAAAAUAAAAGCUCAUGACAUGAACACAGGGGAAAUGUGGGAAUCACAUGACAUAAAAAACCCGAAAGAUCUCAACAAAAUCUGUUGCUUUAGCAAUAACGCACAUUUAUUGUAAUUCACUAUUGGUUCUCAAAAAUGGGUCGCAGAUCUGUUCUGACAAAACUAUGUAAGGUUAAAGAAAAUACAAGCCAGACUAAAUUAAAUGAGUUUACAUGUUUAGAGCUGACCACAAUUGUGUGAUGAAUUAUUAGCUGCAAACAGCAUGAAAACAUUGAAAUUCAAGACAUUUACAAAUACAUUUUUCCUAUUAAAAAUGCCUAAGCAAUAUCUAAAAUAAUGAAUAUCAAUAAUGAUAAUUUUAAUAAUGUUGUACAUCCUUUUACCUAGGCAAUAAAGUACAUCAUAUUUCAUAGAUCAUAGUGUGAUGGUGUGAUGUAUAUCAUAAUUUAUUCCUGUGAUGGCAAAGCUGAAUUUUCAGCAUCAUUGCUCCAGUCUUGUGUCACAUGAUCCUCAGAUCUUUAUUCUAAUACACUGAUUUCAUGCUCAAAAAAAAACCCAAAAACAUUUCUUAUUAUUAUCAAUGUUGAAAUCAGUUGUGCUGCCUAAAAUGUUGUGGAAACUGUUUUAUCUGGAUUCUUUGAUGAAUAGAAUGUUUAAAAGAAUAGCAUUUAUUUGAAACAUUAUACAUAUACCCCUAACACAUACCUCAAAAUUCCAAAUGAGUGUAUAUACAAUAUAUAUUCAUUUUUAUAUAUACACAUUAUUUACAUUUCAAUUUAUUUCAAACAGGUAUCUGCUUGCUGUCAUCACGCCUUGACAGACAUGGACUAUCUCCAUAACGAAUCGUGGAUAAACAUGUCUUUAGAUGCAUCUGCGUCAUCGUUCAGUGGACUCCAGCUCCUGAUGGACCUGAAGCCACUCUUCAUCCCUCUGUAUGCCAUGCUAGUCCUGGUAGCGUGCUCUGGAAAUCUUCUCCUCCUCACCCACAUCGGACUGAACAAGAAACUUCACAGCACUACAAACUUCCUCAUUGGAAACCUGGCCCUGGUUGACCUGGUUAUGUGCCUGUUCUGUGUUCCCCUGACCGCGUUUUACGCCUUUGAUGAGCGUGGUUGGGUUUUUGGCAAGUUCAUGUGUCACUUUGUUACCCUGAUGCAGACUGCGACUGCGUUUGCUGCAGUCCUGUCAUUAACCGCCAUUGCGGUGGACCGAUAUGUGGUGGUCGCCUAUCCUAUUCGGCGCCGAGGAGGUCGUUCCUUCUGCACCUGGUUGGUGGUCAGCGUAUGGCUCUGCGCUUUGGCAAUGUCCACCCCCACGGCUUUUCAUACGGUGUACCUGGAUCUGAGCGCAACUGGCCAUGAAAUGGCAGUUUGUGAGGAGUUCUGGAAUGGGCAGGAGCUCAGUCGACUAAUAUAUUCAUGUUUCUUCCUGCUCCUUUCCUAUUUUGUUCCUCUAGCAGCAGUUUCCAUUUCCUACUGUGCAAUCUCCUGCCACCUGCAGCACAGAGCUACACCUCGGCUCAUGGCCGCUACACCUUCCAACCAGGAGAAGUGGGGGCGCAAGAGGCGCAAGACUUUUCGUCUCCUACUGGUGUCUGUUCUGUCAUUCGCGUUCUCCUGGCUCCCCUUGCAGGUAGUCAACCUCAUUCGUGACCUGGACACCGACUUCGCCAUCCUGAGCAAGAAUCACGUCAAUGUGAUACAGGUGUCGUGCCACUUGUUAGCCAUGAGCUCGGCUUGCUACAACCCCUUCAUUUAUGCUUCUCUUCACAAAAAGUUCCUGUCAUAUCUAUGCCAGAACAUAUUUCAAAGAAGAAAACCUCAUCGUACUCAGAGCAGCAUCACAACCUCCAGCCGAAUCCUCCGCUUGAAUACUUCUAGUACUCUAGCUGACAUUCCCAUGGCCAUUAGUAAGAUUUCACAAGACUGAAUCUUCUCCCCACCACACGGAUGUUGCUUCUUUAGAUUCUAGAACUGAACAGCCCGACGGCAAAUUCUGUACCAUCACAGCUGAUUUGUUAAACCAACGAAUCUUUUCUUAAAGCUAAAUAUGAAAGGCUUGAACCCUGAAGGAAAAUGUAUGUAUCUGCUUGAAUGUUAAACAUUUGAACCAAAUCUAAGAAGACCAGUCUUGUGAUUUUUGGUCCAAAGCCCUGGGUAUACUUCGUUUUUUUACAUGUACGCUAGAGUCGAACACACAGCCCCUUGCAAAGUUUACUUCACUUGACUCGUACGCGUACACAGGCGUUCGUAUGCAUAUGCGCCACGAGUUACAACACAUAUUUGUAUUCUUUCAUGCUAAAGUUGUAUAAAAUUAAGGUACUUUCUAACCUCUUCGCACAUUGCCACUGUAGCUUGCAUGCGUUCCGCUCUGUUCUGUUUAUGCAGGUUUUCUUCGACUACCUUGUGAAUCGACGCCCCAGGGCAUGGUUGUCACCUUGUGGAAAAAACGAAUUACUGCAAAAAUAAAAAAUUAAAAAAUUAAAAGCGCAUGUGCAACCUGCGCGUACAAAGUACAAUUCAUGAGUUCACACUUACAAAUAAUCAGAUAAUAAGUAGCAUGUGUAACAGUAUGUGUAUUUGGCAUGCUGUCCGAGGAGAGGGCUCUGAGCUCGGUGUUUGGCCCGAAUCCAGAGUACUCUCUGUGUAUUUCUGGUGAGGAAGUAACCAGGUGAGUGUGAGGCGACGGGGUUGUGGAGGGAUGCUGGAAAACACUGUUGAGGAAUAUGGCUGAGACGACUGUUUUUAUAUUCAGGCCUUCACUCAUGCUGAGUGGGUAGAUAUGUUGAUUGUUGACAGCCGGCUGAAAUGACGUGAUGAUUAGUCUGAUUAUUUGAACGUUGCUCCUCCCGAAUUUUGUUAUUAAAACAUAAUUUCGCGUCAUGCACACUGUAAGUUGACCCUCACGUAUGUGUAAAAAGUGAAGUAUACUUUGGGCUUAACUGUUCAGUAGCAAAAAUGUCCUUUUUUCAUAUCUCUCGACCAGUAGAUGGCGCUGUGUCAAAGCUACUCAUGUACCUUCAGGCCAUGCUUGUGAUGACUUGUACUUGUAAGUUGUGUCUGAGUAUGCUAAAGCCUUGCAGAGAUAUAACAUCAUGUCCAUUUUGGCCUGAUUUAUUUGUGUGCUAUUUGUACUUGAAUUCAAUAACUUUUUUGUUUCAGCUUGGUCUGAAGGUUAUGAAAAUCAAAGCAUGUUUAAAAAUGUUUACAUUUUUUUUUUCUUACUGUUUGUCAGAAUGAUGUGAUGUCUAAAAUGAUCCUACAAGGACUUAUUCCAACUAUAAAUACACACUGGUGGUAUAAAUGAAAAAAAAGCUACUGUUCACUAAUUGCGCUUCUGUAUUAAUUUAGUGGCAUUGUAAGGCAAUAUUAAUUAUGCAUGUCCAUUUGUUUAAUGUGAAGUACUGCACUUAAGUGUCCAUUAGAGGUUUACUUAAAACAAAAACCCCUCUGUAAUACAAUAUAAUGUAAUACAUUACAUAAUAAAUUCAAUGCAAUAAAGGUGUAGCAAGCACAGUAUGCAUUCUCAGUAUAUUCUUUGACAAUACACAUUACGUAUUCUCUUUUUAAAAUAUUGGUAACACAUCAACAAGGCUCCAUUUGCUAACAUUAGUUAACUACAUUAGUUAACAUUAAAAAUGUAAAAAUGUAGUUUAUGUCCAUUUCAGCAUUUACCAAUACAUUAUUAAAAUCAAAAGUUGUAUUUGUGAAUAUUACUUAAUGGACCUGAGCUAACAAACUAAUGUGAACUUACAAUGAAUUAAGUUGUAUUUUCAUUUACUGUUGUUACUGAAGAUUAUUAAGUAAUUCAAAUUAAAUAAUAAUGCAUUAACUAAUGGGACCUUAUGGUAAAGUGCUACCAAAAUAUUUUAUAUAAAAAAUAUUAAAAUGAUUUUGUCAGUGUUUUAGCAGUUUGGUAUUUGUUUAAUGAUUCUUUAUGCAGGUUACAUCAUUUUGAGACAAGUGCCUGUCUUCACGAGUAAGUUCGUUAAACCGAUUCAUAAAAAAUUUCAGAUUCAUUCAGGAAUGGAGCAUGUGAUAGUUUUUAUGAGUGAGUCUUAAUAUUAUUUAUUCAGUCCAUUCAUUCAAAAACACUGAUGCUGCAUUUCACAAACAAAACCACUGUGUUGCUUGCCAGUCUCUGUGGUGGCUUUGUUUAGAAUUAUUUGCUUUGGCAGAGCAAAAACGGACAAAAUAAUUGGCAAUACUGUCAAAUAUUGCAAAAUGUAAGUUUGCUCAACAUUCAAUUUGUGUUUAUUGAACUGUAUAAAAUUGGCUAUAUAACACAGUUUUUUUCCUCAAAUAUCAGCAUGGCUGUGAUUUCCUGCGGCAUGAGCUUGCUUGUGUGAUAUAUUUUCAUAUAUAUUUUCAGAUUUUAAAUAUAUUUUCAUCUAUUUAUAUAGAUUUUUUCAAAUGUCUUGAUAUCAAAGAAUUAAAUAAAUAACAUGUUCUAUUUCUUGCAUAUGAAUAUUGUAUUCAUUUGGCUUUGGUUCAGCAGAUGGUAAAUGAACCAAAUGCAAAUGACCUAAUAAACAUCCUGCAUUUAAAAUGAUCAUGGAGCACAUUGCUGUAACAGCAUUACAAGCAGUCAUGACCUUACAUAAAUCAUAGCCAAUUAGAUUACAAUAAUUUCUAAUAAAUGCAAUUAUGCUUGUUAUACUAUAAACAAAAAGCUAUAGCGAAUACAUAUAAUAGUGUAAUUUAACUUAGAUUUAUUACGCAUGGAAGUGCACGAGGAGUCUAGUGUGCACCCAAAGAUCUUGUAGUGUAGUGUGGUUUGUGUUUUGUACAUGGCACGGUAUUUAGGUAUUACUGCUCACCAUCUUCAAAAGAAAAUGCACAAAACACUGUCAGGCUGCAUAAAAGGCCAUGGACUCUCUAAUACUGUAUUAUGAAAGUACUUUCAUCUGCUGCACCUUCUGUUCAUUUUUCCCCCCUUUUUGUUUUAUUCACUUGGCUGCUUUCAUAUUGUUAUGCAUCAGAAAACAGACGAAGCGUAAGUGUUAGACCACUGAUGGUUUUUCUAAUGUCUGAAGACCUUUUAGUGCUUUAUUUUUAGUUUUCCUUUAAGUCGCCUGUGCCUCGAGACUUACGUUUAUUAAUUUUGCACUGAAAUCAGCAGGAUGUUGAAAAUAAUGUGCAUAGUUUCAUUUGUGUUUUGGUCUAAAUGGUGUAAUUAUGCACUUUUAGAUUUUUUUUAAAACUUGUCUCUAUAGUGUCUCUAAUUUAGAAUCUUAGACUUAUAAAAUUAUGCCUUUGGUCAAGAAAACUACAGGAGUAUAAGGGUUUAAAAAACACACUUUAACAAGAUGAGA